AUGGUUAAACCUGCGCCACUGCCGCAAGCCAAGGAGCGAUUCUCAGGCGGUGGGAAAGACACAAACCAGCUUGAAUUCCUGCAGCGGCACGCAGAUCUCCGUCAAUCUCCUGCUGGGGCUGCCGCUCCCCAACGUGGUCUGGCUUGCCGCUCACGUCUAGCAGUGCCAACCAGGCAGCAGGGCGCAUCUCCUCAGGAAAGGAGCUAUUCUGUCACUCAACAGAAGCAGCUGCAGGCGAGGAAGGCGCGUUCAACCCCGCCCUACCCAACACUCACACUCCACUCGGAUGCCGAUUCACCGCCCCCACGCCCCCCACUGCCAAUUCAAAACGACCUCUUGGUGCACGAAAAAGUGUGUGUGUGUGUGUGUGUGUGUGUGUGUGUGUGUGUGUGUGUGUGUGUGUGUGUGUGUGUGUGUGUGUGUGUGUGUGUGUGUGUGUGUGUGUGUGUGUGUGCCUUUCUCUCUCUCUGCAUUCCGAUCCAUUGUCAUCAUUUUUCUGCCUCACAACACAAACAGCCAAAUCAUCGACUCUUUGAUUUUGAUGUGACGGCAGCGAAUUGGUCUGGCAUUGCAUACGCGCGCGCCGAUGCUCGCUUGGCGCACUUGGCCUCCCGCCGGGUGCGCGCAGCAAGUUGCACCACAGUGGUGACCAUGGCCCGCCUCCACUCUUUGACUAUCAAUCGAACCUGGAACAAUGCACCGUUGCAACCGGCCGAUCAAGUGGCGGUGCAAUUAGAAGCUUCUGCUGAUGGUCAAGACCUUUUGCUGUCGGUUGAGGCGCCACUUUACAAUGAUCCACCAAUGCCUCAACAUCCACCCGGAAGCACACCGCAGCUGUGGGACUACGAGAUGAACGCAUAUGCCAUCAAUGGAUCCGGUGAUCAGCGCUGCUACAAGGCCUUAUACCCUGCUACUGGAGGUGAAGCAGAGCCAAACUUUCACCGUCUCCAGUAUUUCAAGCCAAUGGACGCCAGCCAAUUGGUCCUUACGGCUGAAGCUGCCCUCUGGGAUGCCACGAUGCUCAGCCAACCCGAGCUGAACGACCCCAUGUGAUUCACUGGUGGCCAAACACAAUCGUUUCAGUACUAGGCCACAUGGCCCUUGUUUUUCCCAUUUUCUUCGUGCCUGCAUCCCAUCAUGAUUUUCUUGGUGCCUGCAUCCUUUCAUGAUACUCGACGCACUCCGUUUUUAUGGCAAGGAAAACAAGGAAAAUAAAAGCAGGCCGGAGAAGAAGAUACGUUUUGAGGUUGCUGCAUGCACGAAUAAUUUUGGGACGUCAAUUGCAGACGCGUCUGCCAAUAUCGAAAGUGAUAUGCAAAACAUUC